CGUUCUCGAUGCUUAAUAAUCCCGGAAGAAAGCAAUGGAGCUUGUCUCUUCGGAGACAUCCGAUAAAAUUGGAACGAUACAGAGAAGAUUAGCAUGGCCCCUGCGCAAGGAUGACACGCACAAAUCGAGAAAUGGUCCAAAUUUUUUUGCGUUUCUCUCCGCCCGGGCUUCCGACGGUUCUGUUCUUCUCUUUUUGCCCAUCUUUACUCUGGAAAAGGGAUGUUCUUGGAGUUCGAGCCAUCCCACAUCGGUUGGGCGAAAAAGUUCUCUUCGCUUAAUAACCCCGGAAGAAAGCUUCAGGCCUUGUCUCUUCGAAGACAUCCGCUAAAAUUGGAACGAUACAGAGAAGAUUAGCAUGCCUCUGCGCAAGGAUGACACGCACAAAUCGAGAAAUUGUCCAAAUAUUUUUCCAUUUCUCUCCACCUGGGUUUCCCACGGUUCUGUUCUUCUCUUUUUGCUCAUCUUUACUCUGGAAAAGGAACUGCUUCUUAGUUCUUAGUAUUUCCACAAAUGCUUCUGUUAGGAUACAGGAUACCAAGUCUAAAAUCUUAAAUGGAUUCUAGUUCUGGAUGUGAGGCCUCGGCAAAGAAAGAUCCCGCAUGGAAGUAUGCUCAUUUGGAGGAUCAGAAAAAUAGAAAUAAUUUGACUUACAAUUUUUGUGGUAAAGUCACAAGGGGAGGAAUAUUUCGGGCAAAAUAACACAUUGUCGGAGAGGCGUGCAAAGAACUAAGAAAAAAGGCAAUGGGAGAUUUUGCUAAGUGGAUGUAUGAUGCUGGAAUACCAUUUAAUGCUGUACGUCUGAGCAGCUUUGCAGUGGCACUUGAAUCAAUUGGACAAUAUGGUCCUGGAAUAAAGCCACUUAGCUAUCAUGAAGUGAGAGUUCCUUACCUAAAUGAGGAAGUUAGUCGAAUGAAAGAGUUGUUGAAGGUCCAUAAGGAGGAAUGGACAAAAUAUGACUGCUCAAUUAUGUCUAAUGGUUGGAGAGAUUCGGUUGCUAAUAAGGACAUAAUAAACUUUUUAGUGAACUCUCCAAGGGGAUCAGUAUUCAUCAAGUCUAUUGAUGCUUCUAAUAUUGUCAAGAAUGCAGAUAGAAUGUAUAGAUUACUUGAUGAGAUGGUAGAGGAAAUUGGAGAAUCAAAUGUGAUUCAAGUGGUAACUGACAAUGCGUCAAACUAUGUUGCAGCAGGGAGAUUGUUGGAAGCAAAGAGGCCACAUUUAUAUUGGACACCGUGUGCUGCUCAUUGCAUUGAUUUAAUUUUGGAGGAUAUUGGGAAGAUGCCUUCAAUUCAUGCAACUUUGAAAAGGGCAGUUUUUUUGAAUGGCUAUAUCUAUAACCGUGUUGGCGUUAUCAACUUGAUGAGACAGUUCACUAGAGGAAAGGAGUUACUAAGACCUGCAGUUACAAGAUUUGCAACUGCCUUCAUCACCCUCCGUUCAAUCCAUCUUCAAAAGAACAACUUGAGGAAGAUGUUUACUUCUGAAUAUUGGAAUACUACUAAAUGGGCAAAGGAGGCGGCUGGCAAAAGAGCAGCUACUAUUGUUUUGAUGCCUACUUUUUGGAGUACCAUCGUCUAUGCUCUUAAGUUAACAGGUCCACUUGUUCGUGUACUCCGUUUGGUUGAUGGGGAAAAGAAGCCUGCAAUGGGAUACAUUUAUGAAGCAAUGGAUAGGGCUAAGGAAGCCAUAGCUAAGGCUUUUGGUGAAAGAGAGGAUAAAUUCAAGGAGGCAUUUGAAAUUAUUGAUACGAGGUGGGGAUGCCAACUCCAUCAACCGUUGCAUGCAGCUGCACGCUAUUUGAAUCCAGAAUUUUUCUAUUCAGACCCCAACAUUUUGCAAAAUGAAGAAAUUAUGACGGGUUUGUACAAAUGUAUUGCAAGGUUACUGCCAACUAUUGAAAUGCAAGAUAAAGUUUCAAAUGAGUUGGAAAAAUACAAUGCCGCUAGUGGCGUCUUUGGAAUUAGUUUGGCAGUGAGACAAAGGAAGACAAAAGCACCAGCGCAAUGGUGGAUGGCAUAUGGAUCAACAACUCCAAACUUGCAAAAGUUUGCUGUGAAAAUUCUUAGCCUCACGUGUGGUGCUACCGGCUGCGAAAGAAAUUGGAGCAUAUUCCAACAUCUUCAUAGCAAAAGGAGAAAUAGGCUAUCCCAGCAACGCUUGAAUGAUUUGGUAUUUGUGAAAUAUAAUCGAACUCUGAGGUGUCGAUACGACAAACGUGACACCAUUGAUCCCAUCCUCCUAAAGGACAUUGAUGAUAGUAACGAGUGGUUGAUUGGUAGGAUGGAUGGUGAUUCUGAUGAGGAUGAUGAACUUGUGUUUGAAGAUGAUAAUUUGACUUGGGAUUCUGUUGCUAGAGUUGCUGGACUAAAUAACCCCCCGCAUCACACUAGAUCAAGAAUAAGUACAAAUAUGCCAUCAUCGUCUAGAGGAAGAGUAAGAGGAAGGGCUUCAUCUAGUAGUGCAACCAGUGCUAGGGGUCGGACCACAAUGUUGGAACUUGUAGAUGAGGAUGAAAUCCAAGUGGAUAGUGCAGAGGAGAUAGAAGAGGAAAAAGAUGUUGGAGAAAACAGUUUUGAUGAUGAAGAGGAAGAUGAUGAUAUCUUCGCCGACUUAGUUGAUGAUGAGUGAUGAGUGAUGAUUAAGGAGGAUUUUUAGAUUUUAUAUUUUGAAAUCUUUUAUUGUACUCUUUUCUUUUGAGGUUGAACUAUGUUGAAUUGUUGAUGCUUUUGGGCUUCGUCUUGGCAAUUUUAUUAAAUUUCCAAUUUUGUUGUCGAA